GAAAAGCAGAGCAACAUCUCACAGAUACGUCCUUUUUUAAUCCACUUCUGUCAUCAGAGAGUACAUUCCAUACAAGAACACAGUUCUGGACAGAGAAGCAGAAGUGGCAACAUCAGCCGGUUUGGUCCGGUUCUAAUCACUUCUUACGGUACGUAACUCUUCACGCUAUCAGGAAAACGUCCUUGGCCGAAUCCUGGAAGAUUCUGCAACAACUUGAACACGUUGUAAAAAAGUGACAAAAGCGAGAACAGACAGUGACUUACUCCAAAAUGUCCACUUCACAGACAAACAAAGUGAAGGUAUAUAAAGUCUGUGUUUCCAUCUCUGAGACAUCCUGUGACCAGAAACUGCUGCUGGAACAGACUCUUCAACUAACCAUCAGAACAAGAUGGCUGCCGGUCUUCUCUUCUCUCUGCUUCUUGGUCUGACCUUUGGACUCUGGGAUGGAGCUGAUGCAUGUCAACUGAAAGCUAUUACAGAGGUUGACUGCCCUCCUGGUUGGACUUGGUUUGAACGUCGCUGUUAUAUAUUUGUGAAGGUUAAAAAGUCCUGGGCUGAAGCAGAGAACGACUGCCUCUCAAUGAAUGGAAACCUGGCCUCAUUCCACUCUUCAAAUGACUACUACUUCCUCAAACACCUUGUCUACAGGACAACUGGCAAAGAUACAAGAAGUUGGAUUGGAGGUCAUAGUGCAUUGAUUGAAGGCAUCUGGUUUUGGAGUGAUGGCUCCAAGUUUGUGUUUAAUUCCUGGACCCGAAAUAACACAUCGGAUGGGAAAAGAUGCAUGGACAUCAACAUAGCAGGACAGACACUUUUGUCUGGUGCUGACUGUUACACGACGCUUCCCUACAUCUGUGCCAGAGACCCAUGACUUUUCUCUUCUGAUGCCAAAUAAUCUGAACUGUAUGUCUGUCCUACUGGUGAUGUCAAGCCUCAAUGACGUCAGGGCAGGAAGAACCUGAUUUCACUUCAUAAAGGAUUUCACUGAAAUAAAUGUUUUCUUUCUCUGAAA